GAGUAUCAGACGAACGUGUCGAUCUUUAUAAAAACCCUAGAAACAGAAAUUAUCCCCAUUAGUACUAUUUUCUUCUCCCCCCAAUAAGUUUAUCUUCUAAUUUCUCGACUUCCUCCCUCCAAUUCAAAAGUUUGGUAAGCAUGACUGGUCGUUCAAGUCGAACUCUGUAUGUUGGUAAUCUCCCAGGAGAUAUCCGUGAGAGGGAAGUGGAAGAUUUGUUUUACAAGUAUGGUCCAAUCAUCGAUAUUGAUCUAAAGGUUCCACCAAGGCCCCCAGGUUAUGCCUUUGUCGAGGUGGAUCCCAUACCCAGGGCCGUAGCAAACUAUAUGGGGGCUCUAGGCGAAGUUAGAGAAACGGGGUCCUCUUUUGAAGACGCUCGCGAUGCUGAGGAUGCUAUCCGUGGUCGGGAUGGGUAUAGCUUCGAUGGGCAUCGUUUGCGGGUGGAACUUGCACAUGGUGGGCGAGGGCAGUCGUCAUCAAUAGAUCGUCAUAGCAGUUACAGUAGCGGCGGUGGUCGUGGUGGAGUAUCCAGGCGCUCAGACUACCGUGUGUUGGUCACUGGAUUACCUUCUUCUGCUUCAUGGCAAGACCUAAAGGAUCACAUGCGCCGAGCCGGGGAUGUCUGUUUCUCGCAAGUGUAUCGUGAAGGCAGUGUCUCAAGUACUAUCGGUGUUGUUGAUUACACAAACUAUGAUGACAUGAAAUAUGCGAUACGAAAGCUUGACGACUCCGAGUUUCGCAAUGCAUUUUCUCGGGCUUAUGUGCGGGUGAAGGAGUAUGACUCAAGGCGGAGUUUAUCCCGGAGCAGGAGUCGGAGUUCAUCUUUGAGGAGCAGAAGCCGCAGCUACAGUCGGAGCAAGAGCCGGAGCAAGUCUCCAAGGACCAAAUCUUCUCGCUAUUCCGUGUCUAGAUCUCGAUCCAGAUCUGUAUCUUCAGAUUCUCGUUCAGCCUCUGUGUCCAGAUCCCCAUCAAGAUCAAGAUCUCCAUUACCAGCUAGACGUGUGAGAAGUUCGAAAAAACGAACUCCCAGCCGAAGCAGGAGCUUAUCCCAGUCUCUUUCACCUGUGGUGAGAUCUGAUCGCAGCCGUUCUGUUGACUCCAGAGGCCGGUAGAGAGGAUAAAAUUUCCUAUUGGUGAUCAAAUGUUCUGGUAGUGAAAUCUGGAUCGCCAAUCGAUUCGAGAGCCAGUAGUGGCUUGUGAGGAGACUGUCCAUGUUUUCUUGUGAUUUAUAAAAUAUUUGUGAGGUCCAGAUAUUUGAACAACUUAUAUCAGUAAUAGCAGUAGUACUUUGUACUCGGUUAAAAUAAUGUACUUAAAAAGUACUUCGUUGUUGAACAUAAUAAGUUGAUCACAUGAUUCACAUCACACUUCAUUA